GUUGGAACUAGCUAACUGUAUGUGUAUAUAUUGCAUUUUCAAGUUAUUUAACCAUAGUGAGGAAAUGAGUUAUUACGCUUAUGAAUGGAUUAUAUAUUUGCUAAUUUACAGUUUUGUUCCAUCUCAAUCUGAUGAAGUUUAUACAAGAAACACUAGUCAACCAUUAACUUGUAAUUCACUACUUACAAACAGUGUAUUACAGUAUCAUAUUGAACAGUUGUUAACUCAUUACGGAAAAGAUAGUGCUUAUAAAAUUGGUAGUCCAAUAAAAUUCGGAGCUACUGAGUUCUUCGAUGUGAAGAUAAAUGGUCUAUCGGAAGUUCGGUUCGCUGGACCAGUUGAUAUUGUUGACCUAUCAUCAGGCGAUAUUCGCCUGAUAUUUACUGUACUAUUCGAUUAUCUUGUAAUAAAAGGAAAAAUGAAAAUGCCUGUAUUGAUGACCAAAGUUCGGCCAGUGGCAAUCAAAAUGAAGUCAACCAAAAUAUUUUUGGAUCUACUACUGUCUCAACCAACGAAUAAUAAUAAUAUAUCUCUACCAAUCAGUGUGAAAAAGGUUACUGUUAUUCACUGGGACAAACUCAAGUUUGAAAUUUUCGGAUGUAUGACGGUGUAAUCAAACGUUUAAUUGAAAGAGAGAUUUACCAACAAAUUGAUGGAUCCUUAAAAUCAUUUUUUGAAGAUUAAGACAUUGAUCUUGAUGUCAUUCAAAGGUAGUUAAUUUUGUUAUAAAUUCAUUCGUUUUGUCCAAGACUUGUGUAAUCCAAAAGGGAAAAUUUUGUUCAAAUUGCAGUGUUUAAAUGUUAUCUCUCAUUUCGACUACUCUUGAACUAAAGACAUUCCUCAAAGGACUGAUUAAACUGUUUCCUAUGCUCACUGGUCCUCGAAUGUUUCCCAGAGUAUUCAUAUAUUUUCCCAUCGUUUUGAUUGCAUCCCUUGCUCAUUUGUGCUUAUAAAGUGAAACUUCACCUAACAUACAGAUUUUUAAGAACUAUGAGUAACGUAAAUGAAAGUCACUGAUUUUCAUAGAAUUGAACAUUCGAAAAAUAAAUUUAGUAAAAUGAUUUAUACUACUGUUAAGUAGUAAUAGUCUGAAUUUUAAACUUUGUUCAAUGAAAUCUCAGCGAUUGAACAAUUGGACAAUUUUACAGCAGUGGUUCGUGAGGAGUCAUCAAUUUCAAGAUGAUUUUAAUGGCUCUCAUCGAUGGGAUCUAUCUUGAAAUUAAUCGACUGAUAAAUUACCAGAAACCACCUAAGUGAACAUUUGGUGAUAGGAGAUAAAGUAAAAGAACAACAAUAAAUGAUCGUCAGACGUCAGAUAAUCCACUUCCUGGUACAAUUAAUUGCGUUCUAAUACCAAAUUGAUAAUCACACUUAUUUCAACACUGACUGAAAUUAUCUGCCACUUUUGGGGAUUGCUUACGACAUUUGAUUUCGUUUUCAGUCGGCCAUUUAAAUAUCAUGGGUGAUAUAAGAUCGUGAGUAGUCGAAGUAGCCAAAUUGAAAUACGUUCUUUCUGGUCAUACAGUAACCCACCAUCAUAUUUAUCCGUAUGUUUUUGACUACUGUAAGUGAUCUCCUGCGCACACUGUGAAAUAAGAACCGCCUCACUCUAAUGUUUGUGUUGCUCUGCUGGGAAAAAGUUCUCAUGGAGUUAAAAGAAGAGCCUAGUUCAAAAUGCUCUUUAUAGCUAACAGAAGUAACCAUCAAAGAUCAUCAGAAUCCAACCAUCUGGCAAUACAUUUUUAUCGAUUCUUGAUGUAUCUUAUCAAGGGCAGGAAGCGUUUUCAGAAACUGAACUGAAUGGUCUGAAGACGAAAUUAUUACUUGAAAUUCAAUUUUCA